ACAGAGGCAGAACUUUGCACCUGUACUUGUUUGUUUACUCCUUGGACGAGGGAGUGAUUGCACUGAGGGGUCUCACCAGGGUUCAGUCAGCUCUGUACAGUCGGAGAGAUUCAGCGCCUCACACGUCUGAGCCACACUUUCAGAAAGAAAGACGCUUUAACAGGAUGCAAAGAACUGCUGUUCUGGUUCCUGUGCUGAUCCUGGGAUGGAUCUGGACCCUGCAGGGGCUCCCGGUUCUCCCGGAGCCGCUCUAUCCCACCCAGGAGAACUUUGAUUUGAGCAAGUUUAUAGGAACAUGGCGUGAUGUAGCCGUGGCGAGUUCUUGUCCCCACAUGCAGCAACACAGAGGAGAUGUAGCCAUCGGCAAACUGCUGCUGCAGAAAGUAGCAACUGAGGGAAAACUGAAAAUGACCCGGACAGUCCUCAGAAUGGGGAGUAGAUGUGGACUCUUAUGUGGUUCACACAAACUACAACGAGUACGCCAUUGUUAUCCUGAGCAAGCAGAAGUCGACAGGUGAAAAGAGCACCUCAGUUAAGCUUUACAGUCGAAGCAUGACUGUGAGACCCACGAUUCUGAAUGACUUUAAAACUCUGGCCAAACAACAAGGGCUGAGUGAAAACAACAUCAUCAUUAAGAAGAACAAAGGUGACUGUGUUCCUGGACAGCAGGUUGCAGCACCAGUGACUCAACCUGAAACUCAGCGAGUGAGAAGAAGCGUGGUGGCCACUCUGAAUCCUCUCGACGUCGAAGGCUCUGGGUUUGACACACCUUUGUUCAACGGAACCGAGGCGUGUAGCGCAGAUCCGGACUCAGGGCCGUGCUUCGGCCUGCACGAAAACUACUUCUACAACUCUUCCUCCAUGAGCUGUGAGCUCUUCCAGUACGGAGGCUGUAUGGGGAACCAGAACAACUUCCAAACGGAGAGAGAGUGUCUGCAGAGGUGUCGUACGGAGGCUGUGUGUCGUCUCCCCAUGGCCGCCCAGCCCUGCACAGGCCAACCGAGCAUCUGGGCUUUCGACGCCACCACUGGUCUAUGCAUGGCCUACAAACCAGGCUUCUGCCAGACCAACGCCAACAAGUUCUACACCAAGGCCGAGUGCGAGGAGUACUGCGGCAUGAUCAAAGGCGAUGAUCUCCUGAUAUCGAACUGAGCAGAGAGCGAAUGACGUCAACCUGUUCACAAACGUGAAGACGUGUCGUACAAGAGACGCAAUAAUAAAAUCAGAUGUAACAGAUCAUCAGGACAAACCAUCAAUAAACGUGUCAAUAAUG